GCCAAUCAGGUCUAAGAAAGCUUCAAUGUUUGGAAAUUUUUAAGUCGAGUAUGGACCAGUUUUCAAUAUUCAACCGUCAUAUCUUCCAUUAGCAAUCUGCAAUAAUGCAAUCCUAAUCACAUGACAUAGUAGGUGACUUCUUCAAUUUCAUUUUAUCUUCCACUGCCCUGCCCACACAAUGCAAAAGACCCGCCGGCCUAAUUAACUCAUUGUCUUCUCUCUCCAGAAACUCCCUUCUCAUACACAGUUACUCUGCCAUGGCUACCAAUUCAGUCCCAAGUGAUCUCCCUCUACAAGACAAAGUAGCCAUAGUCACCGGAGCAUCUCGAGGCAUCGGCCGAGCCAUUGCUCUUCAUUUGGCCUCUCUUGGAGCAAAAGUUGUCAUCAACUAUUAUUGUAAAAAGGAACUAGCUGACCUUGUGGCAGCUCAGAUCAAUUCUUCUCCCACUAGUGCCAGCACUCCAAGAGCCGUCUCGGUCCAGGCUGAUGUUGCCGAUCCCACCCAGGUCAAGUCCCUCUUUGACACUGCUGAACAGGUAUUUCACUCAGAUGUUCAUAUCCUGGUCAACUCAGCCGGAAUUGCGAAUCCUAAGAAACCCAAACCCACCAUAGCCAACACUUCCGUGGAGGAUUUCGACAGAAUUUUUGGGUAAAUCUAUGCUAAAAAACAGCUA